CUGCGCCGCGCUCCUGUUCUGUUGUGGUUCGGCUGAAGGUAGACAGGAAAAGCUCCUGAAGCGAUGGCGUUUAUUAAAGAGGAGAGUGAAGAUGUGAAGAUUGAAGAAGCUUUCAGAGUCAAACAUGAAGAUACUGAGACACAAACAAAGAUGGAGUUUAUUAAAGAGGAGAGUGAAGACACAUUCAGAGUCAAACAUGAAGAGACUGAGACACAAACAAAGAUCGAGUUUAUUAAAGAGGAGAGUGAGGAGACAUUCAGGGUCAAACAUGAAGAGACUGAGACACAAACAGACUGGAUUUCGUGUAAAGAGGAGAGUCAAGAACAGAAUGAAAUGGAAGACAGAGAUCAGUAUGAGAAACAUCAUGGCUUCACUGGAGAAACCGCCAACUUAAGUUGCUCACAGACUAAGAAGACUUCUACACGAAAAAGAGCACAAAAGACAAGAGCUAUACGUCAUUUCACCUGCCAACAGUGUGGAAAGAUUUUCAAUGUAAAAAGAAACCUUGAAGUUCAUACUAGAAUUCACACUGGAGAAAGGCCUUACAGCUGCCAACAAUGUGGGAAAUGUUUCAUUAAAAAGGGAUCCCUUAAAGACCACAUGAGGACUCACACCGGAGAGAAACCUUACACAUGCCCUCAAUGUGGAGUAAGUUUUGCUCUAAAGGGAAUCCUUGAAAGGCACUUCAGAAUUCACACCGGAGAGAAGCCUUACACCUGUCCUCAAUGUGGAAAGAGUUUCAUUCGAAAAGGAAGUCUUAAAGGCCACAUGAGAAUUCAUACUGGAGAGCAGCCUUACACGUGUCCUCAGUGUGGAAAGAGUUUCACACAUAGACAAGCUCUUAAUGCACACAUAAAAAUUCACAUAGGAGAGAAGCCUUACGUAUGUGAUGAGUGUGGAAAGAGUUUCUAUCAACCAGGAGACCUCAAAUUACACAUGAGGAUUCACACUGGAGAGAAUCCUUUCACCUGUCAACAAUGUGGAAAGAGUUUUACUAGAAAAGCAAACCUUGAGAUCCACUUGAGAAUUCACACUGGAGAAAAGCCAUUCAUAUGCCCUCAGUGUGGAAGGAGUUUCUAUCAACCAGCAAACCUUAGAGUCCACAUGAGAAUUCACACAGGAGAGAAACAUUUUACCUGCCAGCAGUGUGGAAAGAGUUUCACUCAGAAUGGAAACCUCAAAGCCCACAUGAGGAUUCACUUAAGACAGAACAGUUUUAUAUGUCAUGAGUGUGGAGUGAGUUUCACGGACAGGAACGAAUUUAAGAAUCAUGUAACAACUCACACUGCAGAGAAAUUGAGAAUUCAGAGUGAAAUGAACACUUUAACAUGUUUCCCUGAGGUUUCAGAUCUAAAGAAAACUUAACAAUCACGUGUGCCAUCACAUGCCAUUAUCUUAUUUUAAAGUGUUUAAACAUAGUUAAACCUCAAGUUGUUCCAAACCUGUAUGAGUUACACGAUUUUACAAACAAUGGGCAUUAUACACUAACUUAUAACUUUGUAAAUAGUCAAUGAGAAAAACCGGCCAUCGUACACUAAACAGAUCACACAGUACCAGAGUGUAAAGUUGUUCUGAUCACAACAAACUCGGAAACAUGUGCCUUAAUCCUCAUAGAUGAGUGAUAAAUGAAAACGUUAUUUGUUCUAAAAUUGGCUUAAAAUAUCAAACGUUUUUAAUCUCUGAUGACUGGAUGUGAUUUACUUUUAAAUUUGCAAACUGGCUUCGACUUUUAAAACUUGGCAAAAAUCGUGUUGUAUUUCAGUCUUCAGAUUUACUGCCCCCUGAUUAACAUGACAGUAUAGGCUAGUGACAAUGCCCCUGAAUUUUUGAGAUACCCCUACCGGAGGUAGAACUAAACCCAACAAUGUUUUUCUUCACCUCUAAGG